AUGGACAGCAUCAAGACCACCAACAACAGCAACACAAUGAACAGCAACAACGACAUCAGCAUGACCGAAUUCGUGACGAGCAAGCCCAGCUGCAAGCGCACAGGAGAGCCAAACCCUCUUAUGUUCAAGGCCGCAGCGAGGAACCUUCGCGAAUACCACGGUGUCCCCAGCAUAACACCGGGCGGCCUGGAGACGACCAUGGUCCUGCUUGAGCUCCGCCCCGCCCGCCUCGUGGCGCAGGGACUUGCCCCGAAGAUACUCCUGAAGGGAAAUUCAACUGCUGGCGUUGACGCGGACAGCACCGACGGCAGCGGCGGAUUCGAAGCCGAGGAAGAGCAGGCGAACAAUCAGUUCUCGCACGACUUGAGCAGCAACAGCAGCGACGGCGGAGACACGGGGAACGACAACAUCGUCACCCAAAACAGCAUCGGCUUCGAGGCCAGAGCCAGCAAGCACCCCAUCCAGGCGGUCUUUGUAGCCGUAGGCGUCCAGCUCCGGCCCCGCGAAACCAGGCCAUUGCUCCGCGGGGUGGUCCUCCUCACCAGCAGCACGGUCGCCCUGGAGGUCGUGGCCACCACCACCGCGGCGGAGGUAUGGGUAGGCCUAGUGACCCGCCUCCGCAUGGCCCUCCGCCGCACCGUCAUGGCCACAGUUCUGGAAGGCGUCCUGCUUGCCGUGAUCACCGCCGCCCGCCAAGCCCUACCCACGGACCAUCUCCCGGACCGUUGGAAGAAACCGGCGGAGGGCAUCUCCACCACGGACCCAGUCACCACCACCACGACGACGAGAGCGAAGAAGAAAUGGCGAUGCAUGCCGGGCGGCGCGGCCCUCCCCACGGACUGCACCCCCCGCACCUACGCGGACAGCGCGGCCCUCGUCGCCAUGGCGACCACCAAAUGCACCCGUUCCACCACGGACCCGGCCACCACCACCACGGCGGCGAGAGCGAAGACGAAGAAGAAAUGGCGAUGCACGCCGGGCCGCGCGGCUCUCCGCACGGACUGCACCCCCCGCACCUACGCGGACAGCGCGGCCCUCGUCGCUAUGGCGACCACCAAAUGCACCCGUUCCACCACGGACCCGGCCACCACCACCACGGCGGCGAGAGCGAAGGCGAAGAAGAAAUGGCGAUGCACGCCGGGCCGCGCGGCCCUCCGCACGGACUGCACCCCCCGCACCUACGCGGACAUCGCGGCCCUCGUCGCCACGGCGUGUCCAUGCCCGACCGCCAAAUGCACCUGCCCCCCCACGGAUCCCGCCACCACCACCACGGCGAGAGCGAAGGAGAAGAAAUGGCCAUGAUGCAUGCCGGGCGGCGUGCCCACGGACUGCACCCGCCCCCGAAACUACGCGGACAGCGCGGCCCUCGUCGCCUUGGCGACCGCCAAGUGCACCCGUUCCACCACGGACACAGCGGAGGACGGCACCAUCACCGCGGCCCUGCCGGUCUACAUCAACGCGUGCCCGGCCC